UUAAAGUCGUUAACCUGUUGUGACCAUUGCACACAAAGGAGUUAAUCCCUCUAAAUUCUAUCGAUUCCAACACUAAUGAUAGUAAUUAGUGUGUAAAUAAAGUGCCUAUUCAGUGAAAAAUAUAUCUAUUCUUCGAAGUCAUCAAAAGUUGAGGAAUAAAUGCCCGGAAAGCAAAAUGGUUACUAAAAUUUAGUCUCUGACCAACCUCUCAAGCAAUAACUUGAAGUUAUAACUUAAACUUUUUAUACUUUGACGAAUAAUUGAUAGAAAUAAGUUUUAAAAUGCCUAAACAAGUUGUGCCUGAAGCUCCAAUCACGCCAAGUGGAAGAAUAACCAGGGGUGCAGCCAGAAGAAGUUCCAUCAUUGUUGAAGAAUUACCAUUGAGGCCAUUCCAAGCAAGGAAAAGUGUGAGAGCAAAAAUUGUCUAUUCAGAUGAUGAGAGUGAUACAGAAACAAAAGAUAAAUCCUAUCGAAAUGUACCAAUUAAUCUGCCAAACAAAAGAAAAUCUGUUGUUAAUAAACCAACAAAACUUGAAAAAGUUCCAGAGAAGAAAGCAGAGCAAAAACCAAUCAUUAAAAAAGAUAACAGAAAAGAUGUAGAGUGUAUUGUGAUAUCAUCAGAUGAAGAAGAAGAAUUUAUAACGCCCAUCAGUCCAGUUAAAGCCAGAGUGAUAUUAACACCAAAAAAGAUUGGCAGAUUGUCUCAGUCACCUCUAUCAAGCCCUACAAAGUUACUUCUAACACCAAGAAAGAAGAAAUCUCUUGAAGAUAUAGAGAAUAUGGGUAAUGUAACACCUCCAAAACUAAAGAAAACUGAAGAUAAUGGACAAAUAUUGUUUAGUCCAACAAGUUUAUUUAAAAAGUUAGAUUUAAACAGUCCAAAGCAGAAAGACUUUGAAGACACUAGAACUGUUUAUCAGAAUGCUAGAAAGGCUCUGCAUAGUACUGUACCAGUUGAAAUGCCUGGAAGAGAAACAGAACAUCAAGAAUUAAGGACAUUUAUUACACAACAUUUGAAAGAACAGUCUUCUGGGACUUUAUAUGUGAGUGGACCGCCAGGCACAGGAAAAACUGCUUCUUUGUCUAAGAUUUUGAAAGAACCCGAGAUUGAAAGUCAGUUUAAAGAAGUUUAUGUCAAUUGCACAGCUAUUAAAUCCUCUGGAUCUAUUUAUUCAAGAAUUAUUAAAGAGUUGGGUAUUAAAACGUCAAGCAAAACUGAAAAGGAGUGUAUUGGUGUAAUUGAGAAUUAUUUAGGAAGAAAUCACAAAAUGAUUUUGCUUGUUCUGGACGAAAUCGACCAACUUGAAAGUCGGAAUCAAUCGGUUCUCUACACGAUUUUCGAAUGGCCAUCAAGGAGCAACUACAAAUUGGUUUUGAUUGGUAUUGCCAAUGCUCUGGAUUUAACAGAUCGAAUUCUUCCACGUUUACAAGCUCGUCUGGAGCUAAAACCUAAAUUAAUGCACUUUGCACCGUAUACAAAACCACAAAUCGUUGAUAUUUUCACCAAUCGUUUGAAAACCGCCGGGGUACUUGAUUUAUUCCACCCGGUUGCUGUUCAGAUGUUAGCUGGUAAAGUUGCCGCCAUUUCGGGUGAUGUCCGACGUGCUUUGGACAUUGGAAGAAGAGUUGUUGAGAUAGUAGAGCAGCUUAAGAAACAAGAAACGUUGAAAUCUAUUGAAAAUCACAACAUUCCGGAUGUAGGAUUGCAGAGUGCUAACAAAGCAGUCGAUUUGAAACACGUCGUAGGUGUUUUAAACUCUGUGUAUGGUACUUCUAAUAAUUUAAACAACGAAGAUGGCGAAGACUCAUUCCCGUUGCAGCAGAAAAUUGUCGUUUGUACUUUAUUGUUGAUUAUUAAACAGGCGAGGAAUAAGGAUGUUACUAUUGGGAAACUACAUGAUGUUUAUAGGAAAGUUUGCACAAAGAGGAAUUUAUUAGCUGUGGACCAGGCGGAGUUUGUUGGACUUUGCUCGUUGAUUGAAACGAGAGGUAUUUUAAGGGUUUUCGGCCGGAAGGAGCCACGAUUGCAUAAAGUUACUUUGGAAUGGGAUGAGGAGGAGGUUUGUGGUGCUUUGAGGGAUAAACAAUUGAUGAGUAUGAUUUUACAAGAUACUAGUGUUCUUGGCAAGAUGUAGUAUUUUACUUUUUUAAAUGUGUGAUUCUAUUUUAACUAUUUGACUUCAGAAAUCUAUUAAAACAAAAUGAUUUUAAGCACAA